AUGUAUAAACUGUCUCAAAUAAUCGACGCGACACGAGAAGGUCUCGACGCGGAUUCACCUAUACGCCAGCCGCACUCCCCAUUGACUAUUAAUACCAAUCCCUCUGCCCCCGCAUCACCGGCCAUUUCUUUGUUCUCGACUGGACACAACCGCGUCUCUAGUUCGGUAUCUUCCCUCGUCUCUACAGUGGGAAAUUCAAUGGACAGUCCCAGUCGGAGUCAUUUGACCGGGGUCAAAGAAGAGGAAUGCACACGCGAUUCAUUGGAAGAUAGCUAUUUCCAACAUUUCGAUUACCGCAUGUCUGCAGAAGAGUCAUACUUCACUCCCGUCGAUAACUCAGAUAACUACGAUCUGACUGAUACUGGCAUGGAGACGGCCCCAUCACCGAAAAAGAGACGCUCAGACAGUGUGUCAAUAAAAGGUGUCUCGCGCAUCAACUCGCACAUCUCAACCAUGUCAGCCCGGUGGAAGACCAAACGAUCCUCCGGCGGCGCAGAAGGCGAUAUCUUCCCGGAAGAUCUAAGAUCGCGCGCGAACUCGGCGGCCUCCUCCGCCUUGGCAAGUCCCAUCGUUAGCUCCAUGCCCAUGAGCCGGGUCGAUUCUAUCCCCCCGUCCCCCGCGCGAACAAUCUUCGAAGAACGCGCCAGCGAGUCCGGCGCACGCCCCAUCGAUAUCACCCGAGCAAACAGUCUCAGCCAGGACGACAAUGAUCUACAGAAAGCGACAACACCCCUCCUGCCGCCGUUCAUGGGAGACGACCCAACGAGCGCCGCGGCAUCCCGCGUCCAGUCGCCACUACAGUCUCCCUCAGUUGCAGACAUGAGCGAACAAUCACACUUUAACUACAAUGUGACUUCAGACCCGCGGUUCAUGGGCGUUCUCCCCUCCCCACCACUCUCAUCCAAGCCCUCCGUGGCCUCCUUCAACCGACCACGCGCCAGCACGGUGCGCACAGUCUCCGGCGAGGUAACACCGCUCGUGCUCUCCGAUCCCAACGACGAAUGGGCCCACAAACUCGGCCACGCAAACUUCACCAUCACACCGGAGCCCUACGACCCCGUUGUCUGCGAUCUCGGCAGUUUCCGGCAGAUGCGUGCAGACUGGGAUAUUGCGCGAUGCAAUUUCGCCAAGCAUCUCGUCCGCACCGGCGAGCACUAUGGCGUCACAUCGAACAUCUACAAGCUCACCGUGGAGAAAUGGGAGUCGAUUAAUCGCGAGUGGGCAGCGCAGCAUGAGGCCAUGCUCGAUCAGCUUAGCGCUAUUGAUGGCGUUGCUCUCACGCUUACUCAGUCUAAUAUCCACCCCUGCCAACAACUCUGCAUCCCGCGUCUGCAUGACAAAUUCCCCGAGAUGGGCGAUGAAGACAUUGUCGGCCCAAUGGCUGUGGCGCCUGCUACGGAGAUUCCCGGUCCUUGUCGUUCUGAGAAAAAGAGGAAUUUCUUCCGCUUUUUCCAGGAUUUGGUUUCCCGACCUUGA